AUGGAUAUAAAGACCUUGCUCGACAAUCUUCAUGAUGAAGUAUCCUGUUCUGUGUGUAUGUGUACAUUCACUGAUCCAAAGCAGUUGCCUUGUUUGCACAAUUUCUGUCUUCACUGCUUGAACGAAAUUCAACGAACAAGCGGCGUCCAUGGCAAAAUUACAUGCCCCGAGUGCAGAAGACAGUUUCAGAUUUCUGGAAGUGGAAAUCCCAGCGAACUUCCCACCAAUUUUCGAAUAAACAGCCUGCUAGAUGUCUUGGCAAUAAAAGAGUGUAGUACAGCUAACGUGAAGUGUGGAAACUGCGAUAAAAGGAGUUCUCAAACCUCAUAUUGCUUCCAGUGUUGUUCUUUCUGGUGCGAGAAAUGCAUUUUAGGACAUGACAUAAUGCGUGCUAACAAUAAACACAGAACGCUAGCACUGAAAGAUUUUCAAGAUCAAGACAUCAAGGCUGUAUUAGAGCGACCAGCAUUUUGUCAGAAGAAACACCAUGAAAAAGAAGAGCUGAAAUUCUUUUGCAAAGGCUGUAAAGUCGCCAUUUGUAGCACUUGUGCUGUAACACUUCAUGAAGGUCAUGGUAAGAUGCCCUUGCAAGAAGCUUCUGAUGAGCGCAAAACACAGAUUAGCUCCAUGAUAAAAUCUUUAAAAGACAAAGUACUGGAAAAACAAAAGGAAGUCGAACAAUUCAACCAAAAAAGCAUCGCAUUUCAAUCGAAAGUAGCCGAGGUAAAAAGCCAAGUGCAGUCUUGUGUAGACCAAAUUAUUGCAAUCAUCGAAGCGAAAAAACAAGAUGUUUUUAAUGUGAUUGAUAAUCAAGCGACAAAAUCACUGGAAUCUCUCUUACAGAGAAAAGGCGAAGUGGAAAAACAAGUGAAAUUAAUUGAAUCAGCAAUUGAACAAACUGAAACUCUGUUAAAACGAGGUUUUAGUUCUGAAAUCAAGGGAUUCACUGAAACAUUUGAUUCAAUCCUGCAGGAACAGAGCACCAAAGAAAACUGUAUUCCUUGGUUUAGUUUCACUAAAAGUGAAAAACUGAUUAACCUGUUGAGCAUGAGCGAGGGGAUAGGUAAAGUAGAGUUUGUUUUUAGCGAAACUAAAGCGCAACAAUCAGGAUCAGUAACUAAAGGUAAAGAAAGUAAUGAAGUAGUUGCUGGGGAUAAAGAGGCAAAUUUUUGA